AUGCUCAGUGGUCAGGUUUCGUAUUUUUUACAUUUCACGGGGCCAAGCGCGGCGGUGGACACGGCAUGUGCAUCUGGGCUAUCGGCCGUUGCAAUGGGCGAGAUGAAUCUUCGCUAUGGCUGGGACGGCGCUGUAGCUGUUGGUGCCUUGUCUUUGUACGACAUGUGGUCCUACACCCUAGCAUGUCUUCCUGGUGCAAUGCUAAGUGGCCGAUGCCAGCCGUUCAGCAUGAAAGCUAAUGGUUAUGGACGAGCCGAAGGAGUGGGAGCUGUGGCCAUGCGGCACCUGGGGGCUGAUCUCGCUGUCCCUCCACUCGCGGAGCUCCGCGGCAUCGCCCAGAACAGCGAUGGGGCGUCUGUCACUCCUAUCACUCGCCCUUCUCCCAGCCAGCAACUGGAAUGCAUGAGGAUGGUGUGGCGGUCUGAAGCCGCAGAUUGUGGAGCUGUGGAGUGCCAUGGCACCGGCACGCCUGUUGGGGAUCCUACGGAGGUCAACAGUGUAGGUGACAUGGUUAGCCAGCGAGUCUGCAUCGGCGGUGUGAAAGGGAAUAUCAACCAUACCGAGUCCACCGCUGGCAUUGCAGGUCUCAUCAAGAUGGUGAAUGUCGUCCAACAACAAACGAUGUGCCCCCAUGGCGCGGGGCACUGGUCACCGGAGCUGUCAAUCCUGUCCACCAAGCAGAAGGAGCAUUUGAUUCUCUCGACUGAGUGUCAGCAGCUGCGUGAGGGUGCCAGGGCUGCCGGAGUGAACUGCUUCGGGUUCUCUGGCACCAAUGUGCAUGCCCGCAUCUAUCCCGUCGAUGUAGUUUACUGGACUCCAGCUUCCAGAAGCAGGAUUCGCAUGGAGUACAGUUGCAACACGCGAAGCACAGAAUUGACGCUCUUUCUGCUGCGCUCUCGGAGCUGUGGCUGUGGCACUGAGGUUGCACAGAUUCCAGUUAAGCUUGCUCAGUGUUGUGGCUUUCAGGAUCAGGCCGUUCUGGUCUCGAUGCCCCUCCAGGGCAACGGAUUUCCCUCAGUUGGUGGAAACCAGGCGCUGCCCUGUCUGGUGCAGUUCUCAGCCGCGACGCAGAGCGGCCUGGCCGAGAGCAUGGCGGAGGUGAAGGCCAAAGCGUCGAAGCUGGACGCGGACGGCCUGGCCCAGAUCGCGUGGCAGAGCCAGCAGCACUGCCACGACGUCCGGGGAGCCAGUGGCGGCGCCGGCCCGGACCUGCGUCAUCGCAGGGCCAUCGUCGCCAGAAGUCACGAGGAUUUGGAGAAACAGCUGGAUGAUUGCCAGGGGCCUGAUCCGGCUGCAAAGCCCGUGGUGGUGCUGGUUUGUCCUGGCAACGGCUGCCAACAAGCUGAGAUGUCGACCAGGCUGCUGGCCGAAUUCCCGGCAGCGCGCGAGGUCUUGCAGAAGAUUAGCGAAGGUUCUGGCGAAGUCGACUGGCUGCAGCUCUCCAGCGGACAGGACCGGUCCGCCUUCGGUCAACAGGCGCAGUUGUUCAUCUACUCCCUGACCACUACUCAUGUGCUUUGCAAGGCCGGGCUGAGGCCGGAUGCCGUGCUAGGCCACAGCGCGGGCGAGGUGACCUGUGCCUAUGCCGCUGGCGCGCUGGACAUCAACCAGACCAAGGAGCUAUUCCUGGCCAAGGUGGGCGGGCCUGAUGAGGGCGAGGCAGGAGCCAUGGCAGUGAUCCGGAAGAGCGCCGAGGAGGUGAAGGAGAUCCUGCAGUCCUUCAAUGCGACGCUGCCUCCAGACAGGGUGCAAGAAGAAAUUCACCUCGCCGCGGACAACAGCCGGAAGUCCUGCACGGUGAGCGGCCUGCCGGGGUCUUUGGAGAAGGUGAAGGCGUUGGUGGAUGAGGAGUACCAAAGCGAGGGGGUUUGGGUGCCCUUGCAGGUGAGUCGUGCCCACCAUCAUGGAAGGCUGUGCGAGAAAGCAGCUGAGGCCUUCCAGGACCGCUACCGAAAUGGCCCCUCCGCCAGCGACUUUUGCUGUGACUUUUUCUCCACCGUCCAUGGCAGGAAGAUCGAGGCUUCCGAGCUCACUGUCGACUACUGGAAGCGCCACACCUUGCAGCCUGUGCUGUUUCGACAGCCCUGCCUGGCUCUUCUGAGGCAGUACCAGGCCACCAAGCGGCCGAUCGUGUUUGUGGAGCUCCGGCGGCAGAACGUGCCGAGCAUCCUGGCGGCAGCGGAGGACCUCGGCAUGAAGGACCGGAUCCACGUCCUGGUUUUAAGCGACCCGAAGGUGGACGUAGCUUCAGGCCUACCAGCAGCGAUUGCCAAGCUCUGGGAGUGGGGCCUGCCCUUGGAUGUAUCCAGUGUCUUCCCGCACGUCUUACCACAGCACUUUCCUCCCGAGCUCCGGUACUUGCCGCGACCCCACUUCUGUCGCCAGCCGGCUUUCCAGAAGCAAGACGCCCUGUGCGAGGCGGAGCAGAAGGAUGCCUCGCAGGCCGUGUCUGUGAAACCCCCUGAGCCCAGAGCCUCUGGGCCUGAGGCUGAUGCUUGCAGCAAGUGCGCCGCAGCUGCCAGCCCUGGUGUUGAAAAACAUUGGAUGGAUUUCAAAACAGAUCCCAUCCUGUACCAGCAUCUCUUCAAAGGCAACUAUUUGGUUCCGGGAGCCGUCUUCUUGAAGGAUCUCAUAGAGGCCGGGCAUGGCAGCUUUGAGUACCGGUUCCUCCAGCCUUGCUUCGUUCAGGGAGGGUCAGCCUGCGUAUGUUACCGCAGCAACGACGAGGGCCACUUCUACGUCAAGAGCUCCGACCUCACGGUUCACCUUGCAGAAGGCGCUCUGGAUCCUGACUGCGACAGCCGACAUCCGGAGGAGUGGAAGCAACUGCUGCAGCAGCUUCGAAGCCAGUCGUGCCGAGAGGUGCAGGUGCAGGCGACGGAGCUCGGACGUUUGCUGGAGCAGGGUGGACUACACUUCGGUGAGGACUUGGCGAUACAGGGCCGGGUCCGAGUUCAGGAGCAUGGCCAGGAUGGGUCGUGUUUUGGCCUGUCAACAGUGCAGUGUGUCGGUGGCCUUUGCCCAAGCGACCCACAUGCCAGCUCGGGCGCCGUCCUUGUCGACCAGGCCAUCCAGACCUGCUUGGGACUGUGCCUGUGGCAGCUUCCACCCGGCGCUGCCGACCACGGCGCGUUUCCAACCAUGGUGGAGAAGUUUACCGUGUAUCACCCAGCCAUGUUCUCACGCUACCGCCGUCUCGUCCUAGUAGUGGAGGCGAAGCCCUUUUUGCAGUCGACCAUUUGCGGUUCUUUCGCGCUUUUUGCUGGAGAUGGCACUUUGGUGGCAGAGGGGCAUAACGUCCGCGGCAAGCUGAUGGGGUCCAAUGCCCUGCCGCCGGAACGUCUGACCUGGCAGGUGAAGCCGACACCUUUGCCACGUGCUGCAUCCGCGUUGCCCACAGGGUCUGGCAGAAAGGCUCUGGUCCUUUACACGGAGCAGUCCGUGAUGACGAAGGUGUUGGAGAAGGACUUGUGGCCUGUGCAGGAUAUGAUCUUGGUUCCUCUCGCGCAAGGAUCGCAAGGCGAGGGCUUGAUUCUCCGGGUGGCGAAGGAGCUGCAGCGGGCCGGGGUGAAACCGGAGGAGCUGCAGUGGGUCAUCUUCGAGACCCAGGGAAUUGACCCGCAGCAAGAGCAUCUCACCCCAGCUGUGGUGCAGGUGUUGUAUGACCAGCUCAGGGAACAGGCUGACAGCUUUUGCAAGCUGUUGCGCUGGGCCAACCGCAACAAGAGGGUCCACUUCCUGGUCAUCACCAAGAACAGCCCGCAGUUCGCAGAUUUCACAGAGCUGUCAGAGGCAAGAACGGAUCUCAGAGGCUCCGGCCGAAGGGAGGUGGGACAGGGCAUGUUUGUGGGCAUGGUGAAGUCUCUCGUGAACGAGGGUGUGGAUGUCCACUGCUUCGAGCUAGCGGAUGAGAGCGACAAGACCGUCGCGACCCUGGUCAAGGAGAUGCAGAGCCCACGUGACGACUGCACCGAACUACUGAUCCGCGAUGGGCAGCCGCACCGCCUCGAACUUCUCCCACUCAGCGUCAGCUACGACAGACUGCGAGGGACCAACCCGGUGCGGAAGGAUGGCGUCUACUUGCUCACGGGUGGUGCCAAGGGGAACAGCUUCAGCGCGGUCAAGGUGCGGGUGCUGGCGAGGAUGGGGGCCUCGAAGCUGGUCGUCGUGGGAAGAAGUCCUGCCGACGAAGCUUUCCGCGCUCUGAUGUCGGAGAUGCAGCACUGCGGCACCGAGGUGAUUCCGGUCCAGGCUGAUGUGACAGAUCAGGCGGCCUUGGGAGAAGCCCUGAACAAGGCUGGCAUCCUCGACAAGGAUGUCCGUGGCAUCUUCCACGGUGCUGCGAGCUUCGACGGCGACAAGCUCUUCCAGAAUGUCAGUGACGAGGACUUCGAGAGGACGCUGAAGCCAAAGCUGAAAGGCAGUCUGGAUCUCCUGGGCUUAGCCCAGAAGAGGGAGUGGGAACUGGAUCUUGUGGUCUACGACUCCUCCGUGGUGGUUGCGCUGGGAAACCUGGGGCAAGUGGCAUACGGAGGAGCCAAUGGAUUUCAGGCCGAUCUGGGCUGCUGGCAAGCGCUGGCGCGGUGGAACGGCACCUGCCAAGUCAUCAACUGGACCGUUCUCGCGAAUGUGGGCAUCAUGCACGACCAGAAGCGUCUCCAGAAGCAGCUGGAGGAGACGAGGGGCUUCGCUGCCAUCAACGUUGCGACCAUCGAUCUCAUGUUCGAGGCCGCGCUGCGCUCGGGGCUCCCGAUGCUGACCGUCGCCACCUUCGACCGGGAGAAGCUGCCAACGCUCUCGCUGGCGAGCAAACCUCCCGUGGCGGGCCGCUUCCGGACCGUCAUGGCGAGGUAUGGCCUCGAAGAGCCAGGCACACCAUCUGCAGCACACGAGCCCAGCGCGGAGGACGAGAAGGUCCCGGUGAGGGCAGCCUCGACAAGGGAGGCAAUCCCAGCAGGGGCGUCGGCAGAGGCGCCGCUGGCAGAGGUGCCGGUGGCCGUGAACCCGAGUGCAGCGGGCUCGGCCGUCUGUGGGGCCGGGGCGCGCCCGACGACUUCAGGAGGGCCCUUGUCGGAGGGCAUGCUGCGGAUCUUCCGCAAGGAUCUUCCGACUUUGGACGUGGAGGCAUCACUCCUGGACCAGGGCCUCGACUCUGCCUUGGCCAUUGACUUCCAGCAGCAGCUGAAGAACAUCGGUGCGGAGGUCCAGCUGGACCAGCUUCUCGCCGACCAGCCCGUGUCCGUGCUGCUCACGGCACUCCAGGUGGAUCGCAUCGAUUGA